CGCGCAGCCCGGACGUCGCGAGUGCGCGUGCGCGGUGCUUGCGCGUCCUCCUGCAUCAUCCCCACCAGGCAGUCCAUUACCGUUACCAGACACGCACAAAGGAGAAGGCUAGAAGAGCGAUCCGACCGACGCAUCGCUCAUACGGCCAUUUUGGAAGCUUCGUCGCUUCGUUACGGAGCUUUUGCCUCCGUCGUCCUCCCGCGAGGGCCGCGUGCGAAAAAGAAGAGAGAGAGAGAGAAAGAAAGAGGGAGUGAGAGCGCGACGGAAGAGGACUGCCGGAUCGGUACGAAAGUCGAGAGACGUACUUUACCGGGUACGUCGUUCGGCUCGAUGUGCGCGAUAAUAAUCAGUCGCGGGAGGACGAGAUAGCGUCGGGUCGCUCGGUCGAUCGAUAGUACGGUUAGGAGAGAUAGCGCGAGAGAGGAAGAGAGAGGACGAUUCUGUCGGCAGAAACGAGGAAACGAAGCCAGAACUACCAUGGAGGACGACCAGCAGUUCUGUCUCAGGUGGAACAACCACCAAAGUACGCUCAUACAAAACUUCGACACACUCCUUGAAAGCGGGACGCUGGUCGACUGCACCCUGGCGGCGGAGGGGAAGACUCUCAAGGCCCACAAAGUAGUCCUCUCCGCGUGCAGUCCAUACUUUGAGUGCCUCCUCAGCGAACACUAUGACAAGCAUCCAGUGUUUAUACUCAAAGAUGUUAAAUUCAAAGAACUUAAGGCAAUGAUGGACUAUAUGUACAGAGGGGAAGUAAAUAUUUCCCAAGACCAACUGGCAGCACUCCUCAAAGCCGCUGAGUCUCUGCAAAUUAAGGGCCUUUCGGAAAGUAAAACUGCUGGCAGUAGUAAGACGGAGUCCAGGCUACAGAAAACCGUCUCACAACCAACAGCACCAUCGUUAGACAUUCCACACGCGUCUUCCGGUCUGACGAUAGAAAAGAACAAAGUUCCUAGGCAGAGUUUGGCGCAAAGUUCCGUGGGGGAUAUACCAGAGGAUACGGCUAGUCCUCAGGUGUCGAAAGGAAUGUCCUCGAGGGAAGGUUCACAAAGUCCAACAUCAAGAAAAAGAAAAAGGUUUCGAAGAAGAAGUUUAACAGAAGAUAGUACGAUAGAAAAUCAGGAUGCAUCGAAUUCCAGCGACAUGCCUCAGCAAAUGGGUGUACCGGCGCUUGGUAUCACGCCAGUGGCAGACGAAAAAGUACACGCAGACCCAACAGACUCUCUCGGCAGGUCAGCUUUAAUGACGCAGUUGACGAAACCUGCCGAUGAGAUGUUGCAGCUGCCACUCGAAAAACCCGAGCCAAAUGAUAAUCUCAUCGAGCCAAAGUCUGAAUACCUAGAUGACGCUGAGGAGGGUGUCGAAGACCUAACGCUGGAUGAAGAUAUGAAUGAUCUUAAUGACAUAGAACAGGACAACAAUCGAGCUGGACCGUCCCAUGACCCCGCCCAACACCCCGCAGGUAUGGGCUCGUGGCAUGUUACCGGUGACCGAAGUAAUGCGGGGGGUGUUGUGGGCUCCGUGGCAGCUCCCGGAACGGGAGAUGAGGUUUUCCUCGCAGCUCAGGAGGCCGCACAGGCUCACCGCGACUCACAAGAGCAAACACCUUUGGAGAUAUUACUAGACGCCAAUAUACCCGUUCUAUGUGAAAGCAUCAAUGUUUCAACUGAAGGAUCGAAUGUUCUUAGCACUGACAGUGCAAUUUGGAAAAAACUUCAGGAAAUGUUCGAGAAAGAAACUACAAAAAUUAAUAUUAAAUUAGAUUCACUAUCAGUCAAAGUAGAAAGUCUUGUGGAAGACAUGAAGGUAGUAAAGAACAAAAUACAAUUGAACCAAGUACAGUCUAACAGAAAUGCAGAUGUGGACAACAUAUUUUUAAAAAAAUAUAAUAUUAAGCUUCCAUUUAAUAACAAAGAAGAUUUCAAAAACUUUAACGAUCGUCUCAACGAUGAUACUGAUUUUCGAUCGAAUUUUUGUGAGCAUCUCCGCCGUUAUGUAGAUUAUUCCACCACUUUAUCUAAAACUAUAACAUCCAUGAUUAAAAUGGUUAUAACACGCAAUGUCGCUAUAGAAUAUACAGCAUCUAAAGUAACGCCUGGAAAAGCCCUCAUGAAGGACGAACAUUUGUAUGCAUGUAUAGAAGACAUACUUCUCCAAAAUGAAUUCCAAGGUGAAAUUGUAACGACAAAACUUCUUUUGAAGGCAUUGAGUACUUCGCUUAGCAAUGCGAAGGACUGGGACGGACACAGGAAGGAUCGAGAUGGGCAGAGGAAGGAUCGAGAUGGGCAAAGGAAGGAUCAAUAA